AGGGAGAGGUUAAAACUAGGGGUGGAAGAGUGACGUAUGGGGUCACAGCCAGGUCCUUACGCAACAUCCCCUCCUGGCUCCCUCCUCCUUCUCAGCCGCUCAGCCCCUGGUGCCCUAGUCCCGACUUCUCUUUUCUUCUCUGGGGAGAACCCCUCUCCCUACCUUGACAGCAUGUCAGACAAACCCCUUGGAGCCCUCAGAUCAUCCUGCCUCAAAGGGAACCUCUCAGGGGAUGAAGAAGGAGAAGCAGAAAGCCCUCAGCUAUGAGACCUGGUCUCCUGAGUUGGAUUCCUGCCUGAGGCAGCCCCUGUGUGUGGCCAUCCUGAGGUCAGCCUGCCCUGAAGGUGAAGGGUGAGGUGGAGCAGCUGAUGUGUGGGGUCAAAAGACAGGAAGCUGUUGUGGUGCCUGGGGAUGCUCCUCUUUCCCUGGUGGAUCACAAGUAGAGAAACUGAGGGUGCACCAGUCAUGGCCCCGCUGCUACCUGCCGACGUGACGGUGACCCGGCUCUCCCGCUCCAUUCACCUGUACUGCAAGCCGGGCCCCCCAGGGUCCCCUGGGCCCCGCCCGCUGCUCCUGCUCCUGCCUUGGCUGGGGGCACAGCCAGCCGCCCAGGCCAAGUACCUGCAGCUCUACCUGGCCUGCGGCUUUGACGUGCUGGCCGUGGAGAGCGCGCUGAGCCACUUCCUGUGCCCGCGCAGGGGCCUGGGGCGGGCUGCCCGCGUGCUGGCGUUGCUGCGGGGGCCCGGGGUCCUGGCCCGCCGCCCGCUGGUGGUGCACGCGCUCUCUCUGGGUGGCUACACCUUUGCACAGAUGCUCCUGCUCAUGGGCCAGGACCUGGGGCGCCACAGCAGUGUGGCCCAGCGCCUGAGGGGUCAUAUUUUCGACAGCCUGGUGGUGGGCAGCCUGGACCACAUGGCGCUGGGUGUGUCUCAACUGAUAAGACCGCAGGCCCUGGGCCCGGUGGUCAAGGCCACAGCCAUGCUCUACUUCCACAUGUGCCCGGGCUGCACUGUUCGGCAUUACGAGGCUGCAGUGGGCGCUUUCUGGCAGCCGCCUGUGAAGUCCCCGACGCUAGUCUUCUACAGCCACGAUGACCCCCUCUGCGAUAGUGCCCGCCUGCACGAGCUGCUGGCCAGCUGGCAGCGGCUGGGCAUGCCGGUGUGGGCACAGGCCUGGGAGACCUCACGCCACGCAGCCCACCUGCGCCAGCACCCCCUGGAGUACUGCCACACCCUCACCACCUUCCUGCGGAGGCUGGGUCUCGCGGUCCCUCUGGCCCAGCUCUGAUGGGGCUCUGGGCUCCAGCUCACCUCCAGGAUAGGGGCCAGCUGCCCAGUGGACAAGGGACAGAGACAGGAUGGCAGAGGCAUUGAAACCUCUUGAUUUACUCAGAUUAUUUAACAUACAAUGACGCAACUGUGACCCCAAAGUGUGCAAAGUUAAAGCCUUCGACCGCAGCUGAGAGGAGAGGGCAGGAAAGGUACACAUGGGGUGGGGGGUGAGUCAGGAAUGAUGGGCCGCCUCUUCCCCAGGGCUGGGGAUGGGGGAGUGGCCUGAGGAGCAGGGCCAGGGGAAGGGGGCAGAAACCUCCCUCUGGCCUAAGUCAGGAGCCCAGAAGUGCCACAUGGCUGAGAGGGUAGCAGCCCAGGAAGGGGCCAGAGGCAGGGCCAGGAGAGCACCAUUUCCAGGGUGGGGGGUAGGGAAGGAGGUGCCCUACAGGAGAAGCCGGGAGGGGCCACCUGCCCCAGGAGUGGGAGCCGGGCCGGAGCAGGCUGCAGCGAGAAAGACCUGAGGCAGGCGCAGGGCCUGAGAGCCCAGGCUGGCUGGGCUCAGUGGGACUGAAGAAAGGGGAACCUGGCGGGCUCCCAGGGCAGCCCAGCCUGGGAGCAGUCCUGACUGCGGGGGAGGCCCAGGGAGGGGCCGCAGACCCUUAGGGCGCCCCCUCCUCUCUCCCUGGAAAGGAGCUGGGGAUCCAGUAGUGCAAAUCUGUGGACCAUUCAGUUAUGGAGGGAGUCUGUGCCCAAGGGGGGACCCUGGGACACGCCCCCUCCACCGCCUCGGCCUCCACCACCAUCCUCAGUACAGCCGCUUCUCGUAACUGUGGGGUCAAGGCAAGAGAAGAACCGAGAGUGGGUGUGUGGAUCCUGCUCCUUUCCCAGGUCCCCUCUCCCAGGCUGGCCCUGGGCUGCCGGGCAGCCCACAGAUUCAGGAGAGGCAGGGGGCUGUAGAAGCCCCUGCCUCUCAGCCAUGGUGGGUGGGAGGGGGCAAGCAGCAGGCCCUGUGCCUCUGUCUUCCUCAGGCCAGGCCCAGAGACAACCGCACUCCUCUGGCCACAUCUGUGGCUGGUAUGCUGUCCUCAGUGGCGGGGUGGAGAGACAGCUCAUCCUCACAGAGGGAAGGCCUGGCCCAUCCUCACAGAGGGAGCUCAGACCAAGUAGAGCCUCUGCUGCCUUGUCUGCACCCCACCCCUGCAGGCACUGGGGCCUAGGCUCCUUGUUGCCACUGGGUCCAGUUCAAGACAGGACAGCCUCAGGCCUGUGGUCAGGGACAUCUCUCUGCAUCCUAGAAAGGGAUGUUUCCUCUAGACGAGAGGCCACUGCCAGCUGCCCCCACCACAAUGCUAGUCCUAGGGUCUGUGUCCCGAGAUGAUACCCCAGUGCCGCCCCCAACCCAAUGCCCCCACCCCCAGCCCAAGUCUCACCCAGACUGCCCCUGCUCUACUCUAAGCUUGGCCCGGGCAGCGCGGUUACUUACACGGCAGAAAGGUAUAGCUACGGGAGGAUGGGGCAGAAAGAGACACAGGUUAGAUGCCCGCCUAUGCCUGGGGGGACAGGCCCUCUUGACCAGGGCAGGGCCGCAUGCCUGCAUCUACUGCUGCCAACUAGCACUGCCCCCACCCACAGUCGCCCCAGCGCCGGCCCUGGCAUCUGUCUCUCUGCCCUUCUCCCCGCCAAGGGCUCACGCCCCCAGCCUCCAUCUGCCUGCCUGGUGCCACCACCAGCGAGAGCCCAGCACCGCCAUCCCCUGCCACCAGCCACCAAGCUUCUGAGCAAGCAAGGGCCGGGAUGCCCAGGAGGGGCUAGUGGCCACAUCUCCCGUGCCCUGCUCGGGGGAGAUGCCCGAGGGGAGGGGAGGGCCUGCCCGCAUGGGGGCUAGAGUACAAAGUUCAAGGGUGGGCUGGGCCCUGUUGAAGAGGGUGAUGGGGUCAUCCUGCAGCAGCCUCCAUCCCUGAUGCAGAUGGUCCAUGGGGUCCCUGAAACCUCUGCUCAGCCUCUGAACCAUGGCCCCACCUGCCCGACCCAGUGCCAGCCAGCUGGGCAGGGAGGCCGCCACACUUACGAGUGCAGGCCAUGGACACCACCCUCGAUCUGAGCUGACAUGGUCCGCUUCUCAAAUUUGAGCUCUCCUGAGUACAUCAUAGACCUGCAGGCAGGGAGGUGGUGCGGGUCAGGGGCACCAAAGGCAGAGAUAAGAGAGAGAGGAAGCAAGGGGGAGCCAGGAGCCUGCUGGGUGCCCCCAAGUCACGGCACUCACCGCAGGACAGACAGGCUACGGGCACCUAUAUCCUGGCAGCCAUGCUGGAUCCCCGCUAUGAGGUAGGGCACGAACUUCUGAAUGGAGCCUUUGUCUUGGAUGGAGCCUGACACGCCCUGUGCGAUCUUCACCUUAUCUCCCUCGCUGCAUGGAAGGCAGGAAGACUGAGCCUGGCCGCCCAUGGCUUAGGGGACCCCCAUCCCACCUCUGAAGGGCACCAGCAGAGGGGAUACCACCCAGAAGGACCCCCAGAGCAACCAUCCCUGGGCUAUAGCAUAAAUAAAUAUGGACUCCA